AUGACUCAGUCCUCUUGUCUCUGUGGCGCAAACGUCAUCACCUACGAAGGCACUCAAGAACUCAAGUUCAAAUGCCACUGCGCCAACGAAGGCAAACUCACCGGAGCAUCCCCCUUCUCGCUCAACUUCAUCACCUCCACAGACUCCCUAAAAGUUGUCAAGGGCGAACUCAAGACAUGGGGAUUCGUCGUCGACAGCGGGAAUUUCAUGACGAACCACUGCUGUGGUGAAUGCGGGAGCUUGCUGUACAGGACGUCGAGCGGGUUCCCGGGCAAGAUGGCGGUCAAGAUUGGGUGCGUGGAUGAUGAGGAGAUUCUCAAGACGUUUGUGCCCGAGGUGGAAAUCUUUACGAGGAACAGGCCUAGUUGGGUGCCGGCUGUGGAGGGCGCGGUUCAGAACUGGACGGAUUUUGGAACGGGUGAGGGUCCGGCUGUGGCUGUAGAGGCCAACUAA